AUGAAACCGAUACCAUUCCCUUAUGCCCUCAACAUUGGCACUGAUGUAGUCCACUUACCACGCAUAUAUCGCCUUCUAACUCAACGCGGUACAAAAAGCAGUGAAACAUACCUCCACAAAUUCACCCGCCGCAUACUCUGUCCACAGGAAUUACAAGAUUUUCAUACCCGAUUCGGCUUGCAAAAUAAUGCACCUCUUGACCAAAAAGCCAGCAUUUCCUCAAGAAAAAUUACACCUGAUAUGGCACGCUGGCUAGCCGGGCGAUUCGCGGCAAAAGAAGCAGCACGCAAAGCGGCGCCGGGGGGCGCAACUUCUAUCAGUUGGAAAGACGUUCUGAUCAGAGCUGCUCCGGCAUCGUCCGCUGGAAGUAGCAGACCGGAAAUUAUCUAUCUGAAUGGAGCUGAAAGCCGGCUGGGGAAGUUGUCUAUCUCACAUGAUGGCGACUACGUGGUUGCUACGGUGCUUGCGGCGGGAGAAUGA